GUAUAUAGAUAUUGGGUACAUUCCAGAGUAGAGAUCAAUGUUUAGAGAACUUUCGAGUCUUUUGGUGUGAAAAAGUUUUAGAACGUAAUACAAUGAAAAUGGCUCCAUCUUUAAGUGGAACGCUGUGGGAUGGGAUGGAGAAAGAAGCUCAGGAGAUGAUGGCAGUGUGGCCGCAAAUUAUGCGUGAUGUUACGGAACGUGUCAAAAAUAUUCCUGAUAUUGGUAAAUGGUUGGAAAAAGUAUUUCAAUAUAAUGUCUUAGAAACACCGAAACUUCAUAGCUUAACAUUAUUUUAUGCCUAUAAGUCGAUAGCACCUAUUGAAGAUCAGACGGAAGAAAACAUUCACUUAGCAAGGAUUUUAGCAUGGUGUACGGAAGUGUUGAUAGGCUAUUUGAUUUUAAUCGACGACAUUAUGGAUCAGUCGUCAAUUCGCCGAGGCAAAACAUGUUGGUAUCGACACGAUGAUACUACAGAUUUAAUGGCAAUCAAUGAUGCUACUAUGUUAGAGAGCAUUGGAUAUUAUUUACUUCAAAAAUACUUCAAAAGAAAAGAAUGUUAUAAUAAUAUAGCAGAAUCAUUCCAAGACUCUAUAUUUAAUGGACAAAUAGGCCAGUUUUUUGAUAUGAAGAAAUGUAAUCUAGAUGAAUUUACAAUGGAUCGAUAUGUUAUCACCGUUCAGAACAAAUCAGGACAAUUGGCAUUUUUAAUGCCAGCACGUGCAGGAAUUCAUUAUGCUACAACUGAGAAAAAUGGAGAGAUGCUCAAGCAAACAGAAAGUAUCUUGUUAGAGAUGGGACAGUUUUAUCAAAUCCAAGACGAUUGUCUAAUUUGCUUUUUCGAUGUAUUAGGCAAAGACUUUAAUGAUAUAGCAAAAGGAAAAUUUACAUGGCUAAUUGUUAAAGCUCUCGAACGCGUCACUCCGGAACAACGUAAAAUUUUAGAAGAAUGUUACGGAGUUUCAGAUCCGGAGAAAGUAAAACGUGUAAAACAACUCUACAUUGAAUUGGAUUUGCUGAACGCUUAUUUUAAAUACGAAGAAGAGGCGUAUAAUGCAAUAAGUGCACGCAUACAGAAAAUACCAUGGGAAAGACUGCGAGGUUUUUUCAUGGGUUUAUUAGGGAAGCUUUAUCGCAGGCGAGUCUGUUAUACUUAAAACAUGUCUUAAACACUCCUACUUUAAGUAUGUAUUUGUUUUAAAUAUGUUUAACCAUAUUUAAUACAGAUUUGUCAUUUUAGAAUAACAAUAUUUAUUAUCUUUUGCGAAUUUUACAAAUUUAAUGAUUUUUUACCUGUACAAAUAUAAGAAAAUGGAUUAUUUAAGAAAAAACAAGUAGAAAAUCUUUAAAUCUGCAAAAGAGAGUCAGUAAAAAGAUCUGUUUUUUGGCCCAUUUCUUAGACCUCGAAUUUCAAACUUUUCUUUAUGCCAAAUAGUACGAUAUAAUGAAACAUUAAUAUUAGAAAAAUUUGAAGAUGAGCAUAUGCGCGGUUCCGGAGAUAUAAAGGAUUGAAAGGGAUGGUUUCUCAUAACACAGGGCGCCGUUUUUAGACUUUUUUUCUGUUGUUUGAAUAAAAGUUACCAUUUCCCAUUGUAUU